GGGGGCGACGCGUGGAGGAGGCGGAGCAGCAGGAGGAAGUGGUCAGUAGUCGGCCGGCUGCGCCACCCGCGAUGCCCCUGCACAGGUUGCUGCUGGGGAGUGCGCGCCGCGCGAUCUUCGGGUCCGCGGACACGGCGCUGUGGGGUUUGAACUCAAUAAAAGGAAACUGUCACAAUUUUUGUACUGCUGUUUAUAAAGAUGUAACUUAUAAGGAACUGAAAAACCUCUUGAAUUCCAAAAAAAUUAUGUUAAUUGAUGUUAGAAACAAAUGGGAAAUUCUUGAGUAUGGAAAAAUCCCCGGGUCGGUCAAUAUACCAUUGAACGAGGUAGGUGAAGCUCUACAGAUGAACCCAGAAGACUUCAAGGAGAAGUAUAAUGAAAUAAAGCCAUCCAAAUCUGAUAGUCUAAUGUUUUCCUGUGUAGCUGGAGUGAGAAGCAAGAAGGCUCUGGACACAGCAUUAUCUUUGGGCUUUACCAGGUCUCAACACUAUGCUGGAGGAUGGAAGGAAUGGUCUACCUAUGAACAUUCAGAGAAGAAACAAGGAAACUGAUGUUUGGAAUACAAGCUGGCUCUUGCCUUAUGUACAUGCAGCCUAGAAGCAUGGAAUGAGCAAAAGAAUAAAAAUCUAUCUCUGGCACCACUGGCUAAUGGGAAGAGGAUUUUGUAUAAAUCAA